AUGUUCGGAUUCACCCAUGGUUGGGUUCCCGUUUUCAAUCCAAGUUCCAUCCAGAUGAAGAAUUGCCAGUUGGGCCUGGAAUUUCCCAAAUGGCUGAAGAAUCAGAAGAAACUGUCGAGCAUGACCCUUUCAGGAGCUGCGAUUUCAGAUACAAUGCGCGAUUGGCUAUGGGAAAUGUCUCAACAACUUCGGACGGUAAAUCUUUCCGAAAAUCAAAUGGUGGGGAAGCUUCCCAGAUUCUUGGAUUUCGGUUCUCAAGCUAUAGUCAACUUAGCUUCCAACCGGUUGGAGGGUUCAUUUCCCCUCUGGUCGAAUGUGAAUCAACUCUCUUUAAAAGACUACUUGCUUUCAGGACCUGUCCCAGCAAACGUCAACCGCCGCAUGUCGGCCUUGAAGUACCUGGAUGUGUUAAACAACUCACUCUCCGGGGACCUACCUUCUUCAGUGAGCAGGCUGAAGAAUCUGGUCUAUCUUGAUUUAUCGAACAAUGCUCUCUCUGGAGAUAUUUACGCUGGGUGGACUGUUAUGCCGAAACUGAAGAUCUUGGAUCUUUCCAAGAACAAUUUCUCCGGUCACAUUCCCUGCCAGAUGUGCUCGUUACUACCUUCCCUUGAAUGGCUAAAGCUGAGCACCAACAGUAUUUCUGGAGAGUUACACUCUUGCUCGUUAAACUGCACUCGCCUGUACACACUCGAUCUAGGGAAAAACAGACUUCACGGGAUAAUACCGCAGUGGACUGAAGAAAGCCUCAAUUCCUUAUCGGAAUUGAUCCUCUGGUCCAAUAGUUUCAGCGGAAGAAUUCCUGAACAACUGUGCAACUCUCUGAAGCUGCAUGUCUUGGACCUUGCCAAUAACGACUUGUUCGGAGUGAUUCCCAGAUGUCUUGGCAAUAUGGCAGGGAUGAAAUCUUCAGGGCCUUACUACAAGUUACCCCCGGAAUUCCGUAGUUUUUACUCCGGGGAAGCAUCGAGUUAA